GUUGUGUGCAGUAGCGCGAGUGUGAGACAGACGUGAGUGUGCAUGAAGGUGAUUUCUUUGGUUUUGACUGCACCAGUCAACUCGCGCGCAGUUUUUCCGCUAACGAAAAACACAGCUUAUCUCACCGCGCAGUGGCAGUGGGCAGUAGCGCGCUGUACAGACGCGCACGCGCCGGCCGCCGCGUCAAAUACCUCGAUAACAGUGUAAUAUUGUGAAGACACCAUGAAGUCCAAGGAGCGGGUGGAGAUCAGCGCCAUAAGUGGCAGCACUGUCUCCUUUGCCACCGAUGCCAGCAAUGGCUCGGACAGCUUCGGAGUAUUCCAGUCCAAGGAGAACAUCCUGCCGAAGACGGAGAUGGAGGUUGAGGCCGGGAAGGCUGCCCCCGAGUACAAGGUCACCCAUCCGACCUCGUACCUCGACACCAUGCUGCACAUCUUCCGUGGCAACAUCGGCAGCGGGCUGCUGGCCAUGGGAGACGCCUUCCGCAACGGAGGCAUCGUCUUUGCUACCAUCAUGACUGCGUUGCUGGGCGUCAUCUGCGUCCACGCUCAGCACCUGCUGCUGAACUGCUCGGAGCAGAUGCAUGGGCAGCUGAAUCUGGAGAAGCCCCCGGGCUUCGCCGAGACGGUGUUCCUGGUAUUCCAAAACGGACCGGCUCGCCUCCGCCCCCUGGCACCAGCUAUGCGGGUGAUCAUCAACAUGUUCCUGUGCAUCACCCAGCUCGGCUUCUGUUGCGUCUACAUCGUAUUUAUCGCCACUAAUGUGAAAAUGAUUUCGGAUUACUAUAACAUCGUGAUCGACCUGUCGAUCCACAUGAUCAUCGUGGUGAUCCCGGUGCUGCUGGCAUGCAUGGUGCGCAACCUGAAGUACCUGACGCCGUUCUCCACCAUCGCCAACAUCAUGAUGGCUAUUGGCGUCAGCGUCGUGGUCUACGAGGCCAGCCAGGAUCUUCCCUGCAUUUCUUCCCGGGACUACAUCGCCAGCUGGCAACAACUACCGCUGUAUUUCGGAACGGCUGUGUACGCUUUUGAAGGCAUUGGACUCGUACUGCCCCUCAAGAACGAGAUGCGUCAUCCGGAGCAGUUCCAGAAGCCGCUGGGCGUGCUGAACGUGGGCAUGAUCUUCGUGGGAACCAUCUUCAUCGUGGUCGGCUUCCUCGGCUACCUCAAGUGGGGUGACGACGUCAAGGGCAGCCUGACCCUCAACCUGCAACCUGGACUUAUCUCGAGCAACAUCGUGCAGACCCUGAUCGCGCUGGCCAUCAUGUUCACAUACCCGCUGCAGAUGUACGUGCCCGUCGACAUCACCUGGCCUGCGCUGCGCAAGCGCUUCGCGGGCGCUUCUCCCGUCGCCACGGAACUGGGAUACAGGGCUGCUUUGGUAUUAUUGACCUUCAUCCUCGCCGAAUCAAUCCCGCAUCUCGGCCUGUUCAUAUCUCUGGUGGGCGCCGUGAGCAGCACCGCCUUAGCUCUGAUCUUCCCGCCGCUGAUCGAGCUGGUCGUCGCAUCCCAGAAGGAAAACGGACUGACCACCUUCAUGGUCCUCAAAGACGGUAUCAUCAUCGUUCUCGGGGUGUUCAUCUUCAUCACCGGCACAUACGAAAGCGUCGCCUCCAUCGUCGCAGCGUUCCAGGAGUAAACCACCACGGAAUUUAAAUGGUUUCGCUCAUUUCCAACUUUCCAUGUUGUAUUACGUUGAUGACAUGAUGAUUUAGUGACCUUUUUUAACAGGUUGUUUUGUUUAAUUAAUUUAUGUUCUCAACUAUAAUUAUUCUAUGUAUAAUUUGUACAAAAGGUUACGUUAUGUUACAAACGAAUUUACCUUUUAAAUUAUGUGCUAUUUAUUUAUGAAAUUAAUUUGACGUGAGAUUAGCUUUACACAUGUUUUUUCUUGUAUUUGUAGGUAAGGUAUAUAUUAUUGACCACAUAUAAAAUAUAUUAUUGGUCAAUUUAAUUAAUAACGUAAAUAUUUCCAUCCUAUUCUAUACUGAGUGCUUCCUAUUUGACCUUUUUUUUUUCAAAAUUGUCUGACCAAUUUUUGGAAUUAGGACCUUUUCGAAAUUUAUUUUUGAAAGAUAUACAUUUUAAACCUUGAAUAUUCUAUAUACACUGUUACUUAGAUAUCUAUAUUAUUUUAGAAAUUUUACCCUCUUAUGAAAUAAUUUAAUAUUUAUUGUUAAUUCGUAGGUACAAUCGAAUGUUAUCAUUCCUAUUUUAAGUGAUUUUUAUUAUUGUUAAGUUUAAAUGUAGCAUAAAGAUCUUGAUGUUAUUAUUCUCUGAGGCUGGGUUGCACCAUCUUACUUUAACUUUGACAAACGUCAAUAAUCUGUCAAAAUCCCUACAAAAACCACCGGUUAUAGAUGACCCACGCUGAACUGUCCCGCCAAACUCAAUGACAGGGGGGCGCUACCAUCGUUCAACUAUAUGGUUUCCAACAUGGCAAAAAUCGGAACCAGCGAUCCGGUAUUGACGGUGGCGCCCCACUGUCAAUGUCAUCGAUAGGACAGUCCAAUAUUUUGGAACUAUACCUAUCGUUAAAGUUACGGUCAAAGUUAGGUGGUGCAACUCACCCUAAGUGUAGUAUGUGUCGAUGUACGAGUAGUUAGUAGAAUAGUGAUGGACGCAGUAUCUCUUUAAACGAUUCUAUAGGGCAUUGAUGAUUCCCAUCGCACCCCAGUAAGCUGUAAUACCAACGCUAACUUAACUGCCGAAUAUUUUCCUGAGUGCAAUGACCACAUUACCAGCUGCCACCGUCGUGAAUCUCACCGACUGCCAUUGACAAUUUUAUUGCUACCUCCAAGUGUCGUGAGCUGCGUCCGUCUGCAGUAGGCUGGGCCAUUUACAGGAGUGGCCACUUCAUAAAUUCUCUACGCCACGUUUUCCCAAUAUAAUUCCACAAAUGUACCGGUGAAUAAUAAUUCAAAUUAUUUCCGAGAGCAGGAUAAACUUGGGAGAACUCCACCUCACUCGGUCCUUGAAUGAUAAUUUCACAUUACAUGCACAUAAAAAUUUAAUACGUAGAUACUAGAUAUGCAACAUUUUAAUAUUUCGAUAUUAUCUGAAUGCAUUAGAAGAACGUAAAUCACGUUUAGGUACCUAUUAAGUUAUGCCAUAUCACAUGCUAAUGAUUUAUUGGGAUUUUUAAAUCGAUUGUGAUUAACUGUUUAUAUUUUCGAGUCUGAUGGAUGAGAUACUUUGUUCUGGGGGUUUGUUAGAAUUGACCAUUUGAUUGAUAAAUGACUAAAACCAGCAGAAAACUUGAAGAAGGUGGUUCAUAACACUGGUUCCGACAUCUAUAUUUUGCGGACACGGUAGAAAAACGAGGAGGCUCUUAGCUAAAGUGUAUUUUUUUUAAGCUUCUACUUUCUCUGACUAGUUUUGUAUUUUAUGUUCUCUUUUUAACUCCUUUAGUUUUUCUAUCUUCUCCAACUAAGUUAUUGUUUACCAUUAGUUUACGUAUCGCCGUGCAAUUAUUAGGUAUUUAUUAUAUUAAAUUAAUUAUGUUAUGCGCAUUGACUGUGUAGGUUUAUAGUUUAUUGGCAUUUUGUCGAUUAUUAAAUUGAAGCUAUAGCCAUUAUUUGCAAGCUGACGUACAAUUCCUAUUGUUUAGCGAUGUUGUUGUGAUUUUUUGCUCGUAUAUUUUUUGUUCUGUGAUACGGAUACAACAGGUUUUAAAUAAAUAUAUCGAUGUCA